AUGAAGAUUAUGCAGCUGAACCUGAACCAUUGUGCAGCGGCUCAGGACCUCCUACUGGAGUCGAUCAGGGAGAAUGAGGUGGAUGUAUGCGUUCUUAGUGAACCCUUCAGACCUGGUUUUGGAGCUGAUUGGACGUGCGACCACACCGGCAAGGCGGCUAUAUGGGUUUGUGGCAGAAACCCACACCAGUUUGGCCACCAACAGGCUGACGGCGGCUUCGUCAGGGCGCUAGUGGGCAGUGUUUGGGUGUACAGCGUAUACUUAGCCCCCAGCUUGUCAAUUUCGGACUUUGCUAACACACUGGACAGAUUAGCUGCGGACGUGAGAGACCACUCACCAGCAUUCGUCGCAGGCGACUUCAACGCUUGGGCAGUCGAUUGGGGUAGCAUGGUCACCAACCAAAGAGGGCGAUUGGUGGUCGAAGCCUUUGCUUCACUGGACCUAACUCUCCUCAAUCAAGGCUCGAAAUGGACAUUUAGCAGGGCCGGUACCGGCUCAAUUGUUGACUUAACAUUUUGCAGCAGUUCGCUCGCUCAUUUAGCGGACUCGGAGCCUCAGGUGCAUCUCUGCCGCACCUCGUUGGAGGAAUUUCUCAGCCAGCAAGCUAAACGUCGAGCGCUUUACAAGCUCGCUGAGAGAGCUGGAGGUCUCAGGCAGCGCAGAGCAGAUGGUCGAGACUGUCAUGGAAAGGCUAGAGUCGGCUUGCGUAGGCUCCAUGCCGAGUCGAGUAAACCCCUCGCUACGCCAUACACCAGUUUACUGGUGGAACGAAACCAUUGCCGCUGCAAGACGUGUCUGCAACCACGCGAGGAGGCGCUAUCAGAGAGCGCGGGGAAGACCCUCUUCCUAUAUUGGCAAACACUCUUUAGAGAGAGUCGCAAAACUCUCAAAAAUGCGAUCAAGGAGAGCAAAAAACGGUGUUUCCUGGCCCUGUGUGACACACUGGAUGACGUCCCAUGGGGCAAGGCAUACCAGAUCGUUAUAAAGAGAAUCGGGGCACGGAGAUCGCCACCACCACCGGAUGAUCUGUUGCGUGGGAUUGUCAUGGAUCUGUUUCCCAGCGUGGAGGAAGACAACGCAUGGCUGCCAGAUACAGCAUCCAACGAUGGUCUGCCGCUGAAGUUGGUCACCAGCGAGGAGGUGUUAAAAUGCGUUAGAGCCUAUCUGCCUCAUCGACGUGGCGGGGAAACUGCUGGAGAAGGUGAUCUGCACUCGCUUGAGGAAGCUAUAUUGGUGAACGGAAAUCUUUCCCCCAACCAAUAUGGAUUCCGGAAGGCCAGGUCGACAGUAGAUGCAAUCGAGAAGGUAGUUGGCAUUGCUUCCAAUGCAAUUGCUGGCACUCGCUGGAAAGGGGGCCAGAAGAAGUACUGUCUGAUGGUGACAUUGGACAUCAGAAACGCCUUCAACUCGGCCCGGUGGAACUGCAUCUUACGGGCGCUAGACGCAUUCAAAGUCCCACGGCAGUUGCUAAAGAUUAUCAGGAGUUACUUCUCGUCGAGAGUACUCAAAUAUGAUACCAGUGUUCGAACAGAAGAGUACAUCGUGACUGGAGGCGUUCCUCAGGGGUCUGUGCUUGGCCCGCUAUUGUGGAACGCGAUGUACGACGGAAUCCUUCGACUGGACCUGCCGACAGGAGCAAACCUAAUUGGUUUCGCUGACGACAUUGCGCUACUUGUGGUCGCUAAGGAGCUGGAGGUCGCCGAAUCAAAUUGCAACAGAGCUAUCGAUUGCAUUGGGACUUGGCUGCUCUCCGUCGGACUGGAGUUGGCUCCCCAAAAAACGGAAGCAGUGCUGAUCAGUAGCAGGAAGAAAGUGGAAACAGCGGUAGUCAAGGUCGGAGCCGCCCAUAUUACCUCCAAGCGUACACUUAAGUACCUGGGAGUGACGAUCGACUCGAGGCUGAGUUUUCGGGAACACCUGCAGGAGGUUGGCCGUAAGGCUGCUGUCACCAACAGGGCGUUAUCUCGCCUGAUGCCCAACACCAGGGGCCCCAAACAGUGUCGUCGAGCAUUAAUUUCGAGCGUAACAAGGUCCAUAGCCCUUUAUGCUGCUCCUAUCUGGGCAGACGCCGUUAUCAAAAGCUCGUACAUCGGCGGCUUGGCGUCAACCUUCCGGCUGAGCGCCAUCAGAGUCAUAAGCGGUUUCAGGACCGUUUCCGACGAGGCUGCACACGUCAUUGCCGGCAUACCCCCUUCGAGGAAAUGGUCAGGAGAGGGGCGGUGGACUCACCGGCUUAUCCCUCUCAUUAAGGAAUGGACGACAAGGAGUCACGGCCAGUUGAAUUUUCACUUGACCCAGGUCAUCAGUGGCCACGGCUGCUUCAGGAGCUACUUGUUCCGGUUCGGACACGACACAGCCGAAGAGUGCCCCGCUUGUUUCCCGACUGCGGUGGAGGACGCCGAGCACGUAAUCUUCCAGUGCGGUAGAUACGCAACCCUCAGACAAGAGCUGGCAGUUGCAAUUGGUGAGAGGUUAACCGUGUCGACAUUGGUUCCGCUGAUGCUGGUAUCGUCCACUAACUGGACACUGAUCAGCCAAUUUGUGGCUGCGGUCAUGAACGAGCAAAGGAGGGCCGAGAAGGCAAGACAACGAACGAGGGAGUAA